AGGAUUUAGUAAAUCAUAUAUUUCAACCAUGAGUUCCUACUUUAGCAUAAAGUGAGACGUGUUCUUAUGUCCUUUGUUUUGUAAUGAUUAGUUAGAUUGAUUUGGUGCAUAGACUUGUGUGUGUGAGGGCACAGGUACUGGUAAGACUCUUCAAUGAGUGAAGGAACCUAUUCUGCUGGUGGGCUGAGUCGUGGCUCUUUCAAUGGCAGUGCAGCACCAACCAGGCCUCGCAAACGUAUCUACGAUGCAGAAGUUAGCCUUGAUGAAGAGGUGGUGACGCGUCGUGCCGUGCACUACUCAGGCUACGAGAGCUUCAAGGACAUUGCCCCCUACAAGAAGGCUGAACGCAUGGCCCGGUACUCACGUCCUCGACAGGAGGGACCUUCUGCAUCGGGUGUUGGUGUGCCGCUUCAGUCAGGUAGCGGGGUUACAGGGUCUCAGGACCCCUGCAAGUCCCCCAUGAUGGAGGAUGAAGACAUCAACCAAGGUCUGGCUGACAACUUUGAGGACUCACUCUGUGGACUUGGCACUGAUGUGUCUUCAUCGAAAUACAACAUGCGUGAGGCACUGCACGCUCUGCCGUCCGUGGCGACAACCAUCAAGCAGGAGUCCAUCUCGCUGCGCUUGGAGAACAUCUCAACCACCGUGACUGGCCCCGCAAUGUAUGAAGACUCCAACAGCAUUGACCGCAUUCUCAAUUCGUUUGCGGGCAGGUUGCUUACGAAUGACGGUCUGCAAGACGGCGUAGGUACAAACUUACCUCAAUACCUGGCCCACUCUGCACACCAAGGGCAUACCUCCAGCACCUUCUCGCCCUCGCCCUCCGAGGACGCCCUUGGACCUCCUUCCCCUUCCCCUGGAGCUUCACAUGGACUCCAGUAUGGAGGAUCUCAGAUCUCCUCUGCUAAGCUCCAGUCAAGCCAUUCGUCACCUGAACUUGAACAGAAGUCGCAUGAGCAGGUGAUCCUUGCGCUGAACCAUCACAGCUCAGCGCUGCUCCGCGAGGACCCAAUCGUGUCUGGGGAAAUAGAUUGUGAUGCCAGGGAUGCUGGAGGCUCAAGCAGCGUUGGUGGUGAUGCCGGGGACGACCUCAGCCUGGGCUAUGACGAUGCGUACAGCCUUCCUGACAAGCAUGACUUGCAAGUCUAUGACGAUAACAGGUUUCAGUACAUCCUGAGUGUCCCCACAUCGACGGCUGUGAAGAGAAGCGAAGACACGCUCUCCUACCUCAACCAGGGACAGCCUUACGAGAUCAAAAUCAAGAAACUCGGCGACAUCACCAAAUGUGUUGGCAAGAAGUUCACUUCGUUCAUCCGUAUUUGCUUCCACGAGCGUCGCUUCCAGUUCAUCGAGAAGGAACAGCUCACGCAAUGGCAUCAACUGCGGCCAAAUGAACGGAUCAUUGAGAUUGACGUGCCUCUGAGCUACGGGAUCAGCGAAGUGCAGCAGAGCAAGCACGGCCAGGCUGUGGUGCGCUUCGACUGGGACCCCAACAAGGACGUCGCCGCCUACAUUAAGGUGAACUGCAUCAGCACUGAGUUCACUCAGAGGAAGCAUGGCGGCGAGAAAGGUGUCCCGUUCCGGAUACAGAUUGAGACUUGUGCCAACAUCGGAGGACAAAUGCAGCGUCUCAACGUAUGUGGCUGCCAAGUGAAGGUUUUCAAGCUGAAAGGUGCAGACCGCAAGCACAAACAAGACAGGGACAAGAUCUCCAAACUGCCGCUCGAGGAAAGGGAGAAGUUCCAGGAGUCGUGCGAGUGCACCAUCUUGACCACCUACAUCGGCGACGCCAUCUACGCUCCUGAGGAGCGCUGGUGCUCAUCUCCAGAGUCGGGGGCGGGGAGCGGUCCAGAGCUGCGUCAGGAGGCUGCCCCUGGCAUCGUGUGCUCCUCGGGCAGCAUCGCCGUCAGCAGCACUCCCGUGACGUCAGCCACCACGUCUCCUGUGCAGCAGAGGAAACUUCUCGCCUGUGUUGGCAUCCCUGCUUACAGUGGCAACCCUGCAGCCACUGACUUCAUCGAAUCUCAUGUCCCCGGUAGCGUGCUAAACAGCGCGCUAGAAGGCGACGAGUCCGCCGUGCAGAUCCAAGUGUGGCUGAAGCAUCACCGCUUCUCGAACCUCGCGGCCACCUUCGCUAACUUCACCGCCACGGACAUCCUACGUCUGUCACGCUCUGAGAUCAUUGAGAUCUGCGGCCUGGCCGACGGGAUACGACUUUUUAACGCCCUUCAUGCUAAGAGCGUAGUGCCGCGACUGACGCUGUACAUCUGCUCGGAGGGCGAGACGGUGUACAGUGCGCUGUACCUGGAACGAGCAACGUACAAGGAGCUCGUGAGGAAGCUGGCCUCCCUCUUCUCCCUCGAGCCGUGCGCCGUGCAGGACGUAGUCUGGCAGGGACCUUCAGGCAUACACGUCAAGCUCAAUGAUGAGGUUGUCCGUAACUUCCAAGAUGAGUGCCUCCUGAUGUGUUCUGCUGUACUUUCUUCGCCGUCAUCUCCACCAUCGCCAGACUCCAAGGCCUUCUCCCUCUCCUACACUCUCGUCCUCAGAACUCAACCUCGUCCAUUUGAGGGUCCGACCCCUCGACCUGCCCUCUACGAGACACCUUCGUCCCGCACUUCCCUCUUUGAGACAUCCACUCCUCGCACCUCCCAUUUCGAAUGCGUUGCACCGCGACCCGCUCAUUUCGAUACACCUGAAUCAACCACCCUAUCUUCCAAGUGUGAGGGCAUGGUUUUGCGUCCACUGAGCUUUGACUUGACGGUGUCCCGCUCUCCCGUCUUUUGUGCUACUACAUCGAGCACCGGCAGCCGCCCCAUCUCGGCCAGUUCGCAAGAUUUCAACACGCCUGUUCGACAACCAUUUCCGCAUCUGACGAGCCAUGUCCCGCCUCAGUCUACAACUUCGUCGCAGGAGCGACCUUACAACUUCUCGACGCCAGGACUGACCACCACCACCACCACGUGCACUCCAUCGUCUUCUUCGUGUGAGCCUGUGCCACUCUCGAUGAGUAACAAUGCCCGUAUGCAGCAAAGCUCUACAUCAUCGUCGUCGUCGUCGUCUGAACGACACGUGUACCAUCUCUCACCGCCAAGCACGUCUUGUUCUCGUCAGUCACCCAUCCCUUGCUCCCUUGGUAAUGGAACAAGUCUCUCACACGCUCUUCAGCCGCUGCAUAACUCCCUGCCAUGUUCGUCAUCUGCGGUCUAUUUGUCCAGCUCCAGUAGCUGCAGCAACAGCUCUGUGCCACCACAUCAUGUCAAUACAUCGCACUUCCACAGCUAAUCACAGUCUAACUCUUAUCCGUCCUUUUUUUUUAUUUCGCAUGCAUCUGCGAACAAAAAUUGUGAUACGUUUUCAUUUUUAUCAGACGUUGGACUAUUUCACUUUUUUUGCUAGGUGCUAUACCGAUGAUCUUAUAUUCUUGACGAUGCUUUUUAUUUAUUUAUGACCACCAAUCACUAUAUAUGGUAUUUUUAAACGAGUCUCCUAAAUUUCAUAACCUCUUUCUUUAAAAAAAAGAUAGAUGCUUUACAAGAUGUUUUGUAUCGACAUUAAGUGUUUAUAGAUUAAAGAUGAAGCGCGAGAGUAAUAUCUAAAUAUUUUUGUAAUUUAUUGCUAAUGACGAACUCUCAUAAUUUAUAGUCUCUGAAAAAGACACAAAUUCUGGAUAUGUCCUUUCAUCCGGUCCCAAAAUUCGCGUAUAGGCUUACUUGGCAUGCUUGUGAUGGCUGUAAUUGUGCGCUACUACUGACGCUAGGAUGUCUUGUCUCACUCACUACUCUUAUUCUAUUGACUGUAGGCACAAUAUAUAAUUGUCCACAAGCAUCCGAUAGCUAUGCCGGUACAUAAAAUACAUAAGUUUCUCCUUAUACCGGUACAUUUCUAACGUUCAUAGUCUUUUUUAGCCUUUACUUUUUGAUGGUCGAUAAAACACUAUUGAACUAUCUCGCAUGCAGAUGCAAGCAGCAAUCUAUCACUAAUGUUGUAGUCGUAAAGAUAAUGUGCGAAAUGAAGCUGAACUUGGUACUGUUUUGCCUUGCUUUUCAUGUCAUUAUAUUGCAGAUGUUCGUUUUAGUUCAAGUAUUCUGAUUUAUCCGGUUUAUUUAUCUGUUUGUAAUUUAUAUUCAGCCAUUGAUGGGCAUGUACGCUGGGUACCAGUCCUAGAAAUUUGAUGCGGUUGAGGCAAUCUAGUGACAUUAAUUACCAGUACUACUUUUGAUUAAACGUCGGAUUUAGUUUCAUUGAAUGCAACGUCAGUUUGUCGACCAACACAAGACAUGUGAAGUAUAUUCUGUGUAGCUUGAGUGCUAAAUAUGCCAGGACCGCGAGUGUUUUGUUGCUGCAAUAAUGUUUGUCUCCCAGCCUCUGUGUUAAAAAUACUUGUGUUAAACUAAAUGGGGAACGGAAAUUAGUAAGCAAAAUAAGAAAUUUGUAAGGUUGGUGUCCUGCUAUGUUGCGAGCCUCUCAGUAGGCGUUCGUGUAUUUUAGCGAAGUUAAUUUUAAGAAACAUAUUUGAAGGUCUAGCUUCGGAUCACGAGAAGCUCCCGUCGCCUCCUCUCCUGUGCUAUCUGAGCACAGGUCUAGCGAGAGUUGCUGAGGUUUAGAGAAUUUCUAAAUUAGAUGUCAUUUGUAAAAGAUUCGUCGUAGCAAAGAGAUGUUGCUCAGUGAGCAUCAGCAAUAACAGAUGCCAAGUCAGAACAAUAAUGUUAUGGGGAAAUCUUGCCACGUUAUGAUCUCCUGGAUUAUUUAGUGUCAACUUCUGUAUGACGAGGCGUAGCUUGCCAUUAGCCUUUCUGGAGUGCAAAGCUCCUCGCAGCAGACUAAAAUGUAAUCAGCGACUGGAAUUAAGGGGAGUUUAAUCCGUCCUAAAUCUAGUAUUUGACUGAUAUCUAUUUACCUAUAUUUUUUUCCUCCGUAACAGUUUAAAUUGUUCAUAAUCUCUGACGAUCCAAGUUGAAGUGAGAUUCGGGUUCAUUUAUUCAAAGAUGAAUUUUAUAUUGCUUCUGCUUGGAUCUUGCUUAUAAUGUGUGCCACAAAAUGCUGGCCUUGUAUCCUUGUUAUGCUUGCUUUUCUCAACAUGAGAAACUGAAAGUAAUUCGCAGUAAUGUGGGAUUUCAGGCUGAGUUCUACAAAAUAAACCUUCAGUUUCCUGAGCUGUGAGAGCGUUGACCUGCCUUGCAGAGGUGGACGCAAAAUUUGUUGUAGUUUAUCCACCGGCGAUGGCCUCUGAAGUGUUCAUAAUUAAGAUGUUGCUGGUACUUUAAUAAUGUUCGCAUCUCAGCCACUCAGCGCGGAUUACAGCAAUAAGAAGAGUGGACAUGAGUGCAUUUAUGUUGCUUCACCCAGUAUAAUUAUAAUCAUGUUUACGCUAUACCAGGAGCAGCGCCUUCAUGUGUCACAACAUUUAUGGUUCUGUGUGCCACCUUAAUCUUACAGUGUUCAGCAUUGUUCUUAUUUGUUAGAACUAAGUUAUGUCCUAGAUUUAAAGUCGUGUCAGACAUUCGGUUAGGCUGAAAACUAUGAAAUAUUCCGCCAAGUACAAAACAAAGUGUCCGUUUAGACGCUCCUGCUCUGCAAAAAUUUAUUCGAGCACUCACAUUUUAUUUGCUUCAGUUUAUAUCUGUACGUCGACUGUCGAUGUAUUAGAAUGAACUGAGUUGUUAGCGCCGUCACUUGAUAGUUUAUAAUUCAAAGUUGUAAUGUGCCACUCUUGCUAUCCGGUAAUGUGUUACUUAAUUUUGUAGAAAAACAGCUGAUCGCAUUACACUUGUAACUGGGCCUUGUUAAACGUUAGUGGUUAAACACACGAAUUCCUCGUCCUCUGUACGGAACUGUACGCUGAUUUUUCAAUGUUAUUGAGUUCAUUGCUUGCGGGUCUG